AUAGUACGUAAGCUUACUACUCCUUUGACUCGGUUUACUCGAGUUGUUGUUUACUAAAGUGAAAACGUGGUUUCGGUUCUCACGCUGCGAUCUAGUUCUGUUCUCUAGAUCUGUUCUCUAGCUUUGUUCUCUCUCACACUAAGUCGUUGUAAUUUGAAGUCGUUCAAGUCUGAAACCAGCGAACAUCUGAAUCGCAUCGUUGAUCCAAAAGAGACUCGACUUUCUAAGAAUCCGCUUCUUAUCUACAAACGUAGAAAUGGCCAGAGGAAGGGGAAUUCAAUUUGGCGGAAAUCGCUGUGGAUCUUGUUGUAGAGUAUUCUGUGGCCGAUGCCGUAAAGAUGUUCUGAUGAUUCUAAUCGUACUAGGAGUAAUAGUUGGUUUUAUAAUCGGUGUUCUGGCCAACAAACCUGUCAACGAAAUAAAAGCCCCAGAAGAUCGAGCUACGGCCAUUAUGCUUAUUGGAUUUAUCGGCGAGUUGUUCAUUGCGAUGUUAAAAAUGUUGAUUCUUCCUCUCAUAAUGCUAAGCAUGAUAUGUGCCCUCUGUGUUCUGGAUGCUAAUGCAACCGGUAGAAUUGGAAGACGAACUGUACUGUAUUACCUAAGUACAACACUUCUUGCCGUGUUGUUAGGGAUUGCUUUAGUUUCUCUCAUUCAACCCGGAAAGCAUCGACCGAACCAAGAUGUGACACCAGACAAAGUUGGUCCGCGAAGGAAUAUUGAUUCUUUCUUAGAUUUAAUCAGAAUGUGUUUCCCAAACAACAUCGUUGAAGCAAUGAUGAUACAGAAAACAACCAAAUACAAGACAGAGCCCGGGAAGUACACCUACGUAAAUCAUACUAUAGACCGCAGCAAAAACAAUACAGUUACCGGGAAAACCGUAUUCUCUAACGCCACCACGAACGUUACAACAGAAAAAGUAGAAAUCUACCCUCCUUCGGAUACCGUGCCCAGUGGUCUUACUCCUAAACCUGGCUUGAAUGUACUGGGGAUUGUCGUGUUCUCUAUUGUAUUCGGUAUAGUGCUUGGACGAUUAGGAGACCGUGGCACCCCCCUGAAAUUAGUACUAGAGGCUAUGAAUGAAGUUAUCAUGCAGAUGAUUACCAUAGUCAUGUGGCUCUCUCCCAUUGGUAUAUGCAGCUUGAUAGCGAAAAAUCUUGUCGCGAUGAAAGACAUCCCAAGCUCAUUUGCUGCUCUUGGCAUGUUCAUGGUCACGUCCAUCUCUGCUCUAGCCAUUCACGGGCUUAUUUUGCUACCUUUAAUUUAUUUCAUCUUUACCCGUAAAAAUCCGUACAAGUUCAUGUUCAACAUGCGUGAUGCCAUUAUAACUGCUUUUGGUACCGACUCAAGUUCAGCAACUCUUCCAACCACAAUGCAUUGCUGCGAAGAAAAAAACUUUGUUGACAAGCGUGUGGUUCGUUUUGUGUUACCUCUGGGUGCGACAGUUAAUAUGGAUGGGACUGCUCUUUAUGAAGGCAUCAGCUGUUUAUGGAUCGCACAGAUGAAUGGAAUGGAUCUGAGUGCCAGCGAAAUCAUCACUACUGUUCUCACGGCCACUGCUGCAGCCAUAGGAGCGGCUGGUAUCCCAUCAGCAGGCCUGGUUACCAUGUUGAUCGUCUUGCAAGCCGUAGGACUCCCAACUGAUGACAUUGCCCUUAUAUGGUCAGUCGACUGGUUCAUUGACCGUUUCCGYACGAUCGUCAACGUCAUGGGUGACGCUUAUGGUUCAGGAAUCGUCGAGCAUCUAUCACGUGAUGACAUCAUGAUGAUGGACCACGUGGCCGCUGACGAAGGACACACACUUGAACUUGGAGAGCGCUAUCGUUCCAAAGACCCGGAUGCAGAGAACGUCUAAAUCCAUCCCAGAAUACAAUGGGUUCUUCUCUUCACUUCGGGGUUUUGUGAUGUAUUGCUUUCAUAGUUUUAAUAUUAAGUAAUUAGCAUAAGAAUAGGUAAAACUAAAUGGCUUUUUGUUUUAUGUUAAGUAAUUUUGUUUUAGAUAUAGGUAAAUUUUUAUAGUUUCUCCGUUGGCUUUGAUGACCAAGAAUUGUUGAAAGGYAUGUAAAUUAUUAUGCAAAACAAAAUGGAAAUUUUUAAUGACUGCAGCAAAGGAACCAAAUGCUUGACGGGAAGAAUAGCCAAAGUCCAAAAGACGAAGGAGGCUAAUAGUCAACCAUUCCCUGCUAGCAGAGUCUCCCUCGGCGAAUCUUGGCAAAGACUCUGCCGGUACAGGCUGUUUUCUCUGCCAAGAAUCGCCAACGAGGGAGACUCUACUAGCAGAAAACGCGGCCCUAACGAAAGGUGGCCCGUAUAGCAAUUUCCAAUUCGGCUUUMGUAAAAACAGUUUUUUUGUACUCUAAAUUAACCUUACUUGGGAGUUGCUGGAUGGUGGAUGAGAUAUUAUAUAAAAUAUAUAUAGCACAUGCUCGGAAAAUCGUCGGGAAGGUGAUGUAAGCGUGACAUUUCAAAAUUUGAAUUUUGAAUCUYGUGAUUUUUAUCCGCCUGAUUUCUUUUAUGAUGAAGAUAUUUCCCUUUGUGUUUGAAGGCAAGUUUAAAUUCAUCUAGUUUUUCUGUUUGUUCAGUCAUUGGUCGAACGCCGAGCAUGUGCAAUACACCUCUAUUUCAUGCAAGUAAACAAUCUCGUACCCAGAGCCUGCGUUUUUUUUGGGCCUGCGGUGAAGAACGAGGGCUCUGGCAUAAUUUAUUUUUUGAGACCAGGAUUUCUUGGACUUCCGGUAUUUAMAGCGCACGCGUUCAAAAGCUUGCGAAAAAUUAUAAAUAUUUUUUYCCGAUUUUUAAUUUUUACUAUGAUUUUUACUUUGAUUUUUACUUCGAUUUAAUUUUUACUUUGCUUAUUUUGAUCGUUUAUAUCCAAUUUUUCAAAAAUUGCGAAUGCGCCAAAAUAUGGAUUAUGCCAGAGCCCUAGUUCUUCGCCGCAAGCCAGAAGAAACGCAGGCUCUGGGUASGAGAUUGGCAAGYAAACAGUUCUUAAGGCGAAAAAUUAUUAAUGGCGAUGCUGGAUAGUAAGCUAUAUAGUAUUUCAAGCAGUGAAUUUAGCAUUGUAAAAUAUUAACAAAUCUCUUUUAAAGUGAUUUUYCUUCGCCCAUGAAAGAAUAGUCAAUUUUCAUUAUUUUCAUUUGUUUUACUUGGACCGUUAGACUAAAGUCAAACGUCGAACUUCACAUGAGCCGAACCUAAUUACAUCAAAGAAGACCGCCUUGUUAUCCAUUUGUUGCAAUUAGAUUCGGCUCAUGUAAAGUUCGACGUUUGACCUGAGCCUAAGACUAAAGUCAAACGUCGAACUUCACAUGAGCCUAACCUAAAUGCGUGCGGCUCAUGUGAAGUUCGACGUUUGACCGCAGCCUUCGUCACUAAUUCGUUUCACGGGUUAAGUAAGAUCACUCUAAUACGAUUAUUUGUUUAGUUCGACAUUGGUCUAAGUUUAGUUUUCUAGUAUUAUAACACGAACCAUUAAUCUUUUGUGACUAUUCUUAAUCCCAAACCCUAAUUAUUAGCCAACUCGAAGGUUUAAAAUUAUACGAUUUGGCUAAUGAGUAGGGUCUGGAAACGAGAAUACUUUUGUGACACGCAGAKGGACUGGCGACUAAUCGCCUUGUCCAAAUUCUGAGAAAGACUGGUAACAAAUUUGUACCGCAAAGAAUUGUGGGGCUUUAUUUUGRAAAGAAGACCCAAAAUAAAUCGAGGAGGGGAAUUGAAACAUUAAUUUCACACGGUUUGGACUGAUGGGUUUGUUCGCUGUGAUUUUUUAAAUAUAUGUAAUGUGGAAAAGCUAUAUUUUGACCUGCAAGAAAUCUAUAUAAUUAUAAGUGUUCGUUACGCUAGCAGAAACUCGGACUUCUUCCCUUAAUACGACCUCUCGGAAGCAUUUUGUACAUAGAUUUACCGACUUCUUUACAAAGUUUUGUAUGAGUGGUAAAAAAAGAAGCGAUACACACAAGCAUUGGCGUGUGUGACGUCAUUGCAAUGAAUAAUCCUCAUUUGAGUGUUUUUAUUGACGUCAUCUUGAUUCAGGAUUAGGAUUGGAUAAGAAUAUUUUAAUGCUUUUUGGCCAAUUCUGUCUUUGCAAGUUACGUCAUCGCCGCCAUGUUGGUGGUAUUUGACAAAAAAGGUCUCAUCUUUUUUGUUAACACUACUAACACGGAACGCUGUGUCUUUGUCUAUUGACUUUCUUUUGACUCGCAAAACAAGAAUCGAGAGCAACAUGCCAAUAUGAUACUCAUACAAACCGAUUUAUUUUUACUGACCUUGUUUAAAAUUGCACGAAUAUAUUUAUAUGGUUUUGUCUGUCUUGUAAUUAUAAUAAAUGCAUGGGAAAUAAAUGUUUUGAAAAAAAAAAUUUCGUCUUUCAUUUG